CCUGGGUCCCUGGCGACGCGUCCAGGCGCCGGGCGCGGCAGGGACGACCGGGUUCCGGCGCGGUGCGGACGACACGCGCGUCUCUGCGGGCUGCGCGGGGUCCGCGGAGCGGCUGGGGGCGCGCGGCGCGGGCGCGGCGCUGGGCGCGGGGGGCGCUCCCGGCCGGGAUGAGCUCACCGCAGUCGCGCCGGGGCUGAGCCGAGCGGGCGGCGGCUCCGCGGCGGGCCGCGGCUACCAUGCUGGGCCUGGAUGCGUGCGAGCUGGGGGCGCAGCUGUUGGAGCUGCUCCGGCUGGCGCUGUGCGCCCGAGUCCUCUUGGCUGACAAGGAUGGGGAGCCAACUCCAUCAGAUGAGGCACUGGAUGAAGUUGUACCAGAGUACCAGGCCCCUGGGCAGAAGAGCAUGCUGGCCAUCUGGCAGCUGGACCCCGGGGACGUGAGCUUGGUCAAGUACAAACAGGCGCUGCUGGGACCCUUGCCACCCAUUAUGGACCCCAGCCUGCCCAACGUGCAGGUGACUAGGCUGACAUUGCUGACGGAGCAGGCUCCAGCGCCUAUCAUCAUGGACCUUACAGGAGACCUAGAUGCACUGAAAAGCCAGGUGUUUGUCCUGAAGGAGGGCAUUGAGUACAAGGUGAAGAUCACCUUCAAGGUCAACAAGGAGAUUGUCAGUGGCCUCAAAUGUCUGCAUCACACCUAUCGUCGGGGACUGCGUGUGGACAAGGCCAUCUUCAUGGUGGGAAGCUAUGGCCCCAGGGCCCAGGAGUAUGAAUUUGUGACUUCAGUAGAGGAAGCACCAAGAGGAGCAUUGGCACGUGGCCUCUACGUGGUCAGGUCCCUCUUCACCGAUGAUGACAGGCUGAACCACCUGUCCUGGGAGUGGCGCCUCCACAUCUGCCAGGACUGGAAGGACUGAACCCCACUCGGGGUCUGUGUUCCCAAUCUGUCAGUUGCAGAGACCUGCAAGCAUUCCCUAGACCUCCCAGUUGGUGACCAGAUGCCCCCCACUCUCUGCUGUGUCCCCCCUUCCUGGUGCCUAUUAAAUGUUACCUUGUCUUGCU